AUGGUCAAGAACCUGUCGAGCAGCAGCAGGUGCGACGCUCAUGGCGGUGGUGGUGGUGGCGGUGCUGCCGCAGCAGCGCUGUGCGGCGCCGGGAGCAGGCCGGCAGUGGCGGUGAGGCAGUACAAGGGGGUGCGGAUGCGGAGCUGGGGGUCGUGGGUGUCGGAGAUCAGGGCGCCGCACCAGAAGCGCCGGAUCUGGCUCGGCUCCUACGCCACGCCGGAGGCCGCCGCGCGCGCCUACGACGCCGCGCUCCUCCGCCUCAAGGGCUCCGACGCCAUCCUCAACUUCCCAUCGUCCUCCACCUCGACGUGGCAGCCGACCGACUCGGUGGCCGAUGAUUCGUCCCCGAGGUCCAUCCAGCGCGCGGCCGCUGCUGCCGCGGCGGCCUUCCAAGUCGAAGCCACCACCACGAUCGUCGCCGACGACAGCUGCUCUUCCAGCGCCGAGGCCACGACGCCGACCUCCGCGGCCUCGGUAUCGACGAUAGGGAGCGCCGACGCCCAGGAGCACGCGACAUCUUCGAUGUCCGCCGCGGCCAGCGCUGCGUCGCCGGAGGGUGAUCAGGACGAGCUGUGGACGGAGCUGGACGCGUUCGCUUCCACCGAACUCAUGGAUCUCGUCGCCGGCGGUCACGCCACGCCGUUUCCGUCGGCCUGCUGGGAGGAGCCCGAGGAGGACGGCGAGAUGAUGAGACUGUGGAGCUUCUGCUAG